AAGGACAGAGUUCCAAAAAUAGUAACAAUUGGAGAGGGAAUAUGAAGAGUGAGAGUCGUGGAGGAUAUGAAAGAGACAAGAAAGGGAAAGCAGAUAGUAGAGAGAGAGAGACAGAGGGGCGAGAGAUCGUUCCAUUUUCGUUGAAAUUAAGUUUAGGGCUAGGGUUAGGGUUUUCAGUUAUCAAUGGCGUCGAACGCACAGCAGAGCGGUGCGAAACCAGGGCUGAGAAAGCCGGUGUUCACGAAGGUCGAUAACCUCAAACCGGGGACCAACGGUCACACGCUCGUCGUGAAGGUCCUGAAUUCGAACGCUGUAUUGCAGAAGGGCCGAUCUGUGUCUCCGCACCUCCGCAACACUCGCAUUUCCGAAUGUCUCGUCGGCGAUGAAACCGGCGCGAUCCUCUUCACUGCACGAAAUGAUCAAGUUGAUUUGAUGAAGCCGGAAUCUACUGUCAUCCUCCGUAAUGCAAAAAUUGACAUGUUUAAGGGAGCCAUGAGACUAGCAGUUGAUAAAUGGGGCCGUAUUGAGGUCACUGAACCUGUCACAUUUGUAGUUAAAGAAGACAACAAUCUCUCCUUGAUUGAGUAUGAGCUGGUGAAUGUCCCAGCUGAUUGACUGUGAUCUUUUGGCAGCUGAUAUAGAGAUAUGGGGAAGCUCGGAUAUCUAAAGGCCGGAUUAGUUGAUGUUAAUUCUAAGUUCUGUUAAUGUCGUGCUGCUGUAGUUACUCCUUUUCUUUACCCGGUAGAACAGAGAGUUUGAAACUCGUUAACAAAAUGAUAUUUCUUUCAGUAUUACUAAGAUAUUAAGAAAGAUUUCGUGUUAAUGAUAUGUGGUAUCUUGGCUUAUAAAUACUUUGCUUAUGUA